AUGUCUUCCAGCAAGCUCGUUCUGGUCACUUGCGCGUCCGGCUACAUCGCCAGUCACGUAGUCCAGCAGUUACUAUCUGCCGGAUAUCGUGUCCGAGGCACUGCUCGCGGCGCGAAGGUCAACACUCUGCGCGACUUUUGGAAGGCGGUCCCAGAGUUUCAGGCCAUCCAAAUUGACGACAUCGCAACGGACGAUUUCACAGAGGCACUUCAAGGGGUUGACGCGGUCGUUCACGUUCCAGCGUCUCAGCUCAACAAGGACAGUGCGGAUAGCCUCAUUAAGGCGAGUGUCAGCGUCAUAGACGGAACGCUGAAUGUCAUCCGCCAAGCGAACGAUAAAGGGGUCAAGAAAUUGGUAUUGAAUAGCAGCUGGGUGACACUUCUAAGUCCGGACUUGUCGGAGUCCUACAAGGGCAUCACACUCUUCGAGGAGACCUGGGGCAAGACGUCCCGUGAGGAUCUUAUCCAACACGAUGGUAAAUCCAUAUAUGCGUACUUUGGAGCGCAGAUCCUGGCGGAGCAAGCAGUCUGGGCGUUCAGUAAGGAGCACCUCGACAUCGACAUCGCGACCCUCCUACCUCCUUUCGUCUUCGGCCCGCCCGUUCUCCCCCUUUCCAAAUCCUCUCUCAGCAGCGUAGGAUUCAUAUACAAGCUCAUCGCUGGCGAAGCUGGCGGCCCCCUCCCCUUCCAGACCCCACCCUUCCACGUCGAUGCGCGCGACAUCGCCCGUGCUCACGUCCGCGCCCUCGAGCUCCCGCCCCUGCCCGCCGGUGCCGAUCGUCAGGAGAAGCGGUUCCUCGUCUCGAGCCCCGAAACCUUCACUUGGGAUGUUGCCGUCAAGCACCUCUACGAGGCCCGCCCUGGGCUGCGUAAUAGGCUUCCGUCGCUGGAGAAGGCAGUUGAGCUCCCGGGCCCGCUAUCGAAGAACGAUACGACUCGCGCGAAGCAGGUGCUCGGGAUCACUGAGUACGUCGACUGGCGCAAGACGGUGGAGGACACGAUCGAUGCACUGGUCGAGGCAGAGAAGACCUGGGCUUAG